CUAGCAAAUUUUACGCGAAGGGAGCACUACAGUAUUUGGUCCCAAUUCUAACCCAAACGUUAACGAAACAGGAUGAAAACGAUGAUGACGACGACUGGAACCCCUGCAAAGCAGCGGGAGUCUGCCUCAUGCUCCUGGCGACCUGCUGUGAAGAUGACAUUGUUCCUCAUGUGCUGCCCUUUAUUAAAGAACACAUUAAAAAUCCAGAUUGGCGAUACAGAGAUGCAGCUGUGAUGGCUUUUGGGUGCAUUUUGGAAGGACCAGAGCCGAACCAGCUCAAACCACUAGUCAUACAGGCAAUGCCAACUUUAAUAGAACUAAUGAAGGACCCCAGCGUUGUGGUUCGAGACACAACCGCUUGGACCGUGGGCAGGAUCUGCGAGAUGCUGCCCGAAGCUGCCAUCAAUGACAUUUACCUCGCUCCGCUGCUGCAGUGUCUGAUGGAGGGCCUGAGCGCCGAGCCCAGAGUGGCCUCCAACGUCUGCUGGGCCUUCUCUAGUCUUGCUGAAGCUGCCUAUGAAGCUGCAGAUGUAGCUGAUGAUCAGGAAGAACCAGCAACCUACUGCUUAUCCUCAUCAUUUGAGCUAAUAGUUCAGAAGCUUCUGGAGACUGCAGAUAGGCCUGAUGGACACCAGAAUAACUUGAGGAGUUCUGCAUACGAAUCUCUGAUGGAAAUCGUGAAAAACAGUGCCAAGGACUGUUACCCAGCUGUCCAGAAGACAACUCUGGUCAUCAUGGAACGACUUCAGCAAGUGCUGCAGAUGGAGUCUCAUAUCCAGAGCACUUCCGACAGAAUCCAGUUCAACGAUCUUCAGUCUCUCCUUUGUGCUACUCUACAGAACGUCCUCCGGAAGGUCCAGCACCAGGAUGCCUUGCAGAUCUCCGACGUGGUGAUGGCAUCUCUGCUGAGAAUGUUCCAGAGCACGGCGGGCUCGGGGGGCGUGCAGGAGGACGCCUUGAUGGCGGUCAGCACGCUGGUGGAAGUCUUAGGUGGAGAGUUUCUGAAGUACAUGGAUGCCUUCAAGCCGUUCCUUGGCAUUGGACUGAAGAACUACGCCGAGUACCAGGUUUGUCUGGCUGCAGUGGGCCUGGUUGGUGACUUAUGCAGAGCCCUGCAAUCCAACAUCUUGCCUUUUUGUGAUGAGGUUAUGCAGCUGCUCUUGGAGAACUUGGGGAAUGAAAAUGUUCAUAGGUCUGUGAAGCCUCAGAUUCUCUCCGUGUUUGGCGACAUUGCCCUUGCCAUUGGAGGGGAAUUCAAGAAGUACCUAGACGUCGUACUGAACACCCUGCAGCAGGCUUCCCAAGCGCAGGUGGAUAAGUCUGACUAUGACAUGGUGGAUUACCUGAACGAGCUGCGGGAGGGCUGCCUGGAAGCUUACACUGGCAUCAUCCAGGGACUGAAGGGAGACCAAGAAAACGUUCAUCCGGAUGUGAUGUUGGUGCAGCCCAGAGUAGAAUUUAUUCUGUCUUACAUUGACCAUAUUGCUGGAGACGAGGAUCACACCGACGGAGUAGUGGCGUGUGCUGCUGGGCUGAUAGGGGAUUUGUGUACAGCGUUUGGAAAAGAUGUACUGAAAUUAGUAGAAGCUAGACCCAUGAUACAUGAACUGCUAGCGGAAGGAAGAAGAUCCAAGACGAACAAAACAAAAACCCUCGCUACCUGGGCGACUAAAGAACUGAGAAAACUGAAGAAUCAAGCUUGAUCUGUUACCAUUGGGAUGACACCUGAGACCCCCACUGGAAAUCUCCAAUCUUUU